AUGGGGACGGGCGCGGCGGCGCUGGGCCGGGCGGCGCUGGUGGCGGCGCUGGUGCUGCUCUACUACGGCUUCUCCAUCGGCAUCACCUUCUACAACAAGUGGCUGAUGAAGAGCUUCCCGUUCCCGCUGCUCGCCACGCUGCUGCACCUCCUGCUCAUCUUCGCGCUGUCGGCGCUGUGCCGCGCCGUGCUGCGCUGUCGCUCCGGGCGGCCGCCGCCGACGCUGUCCUGGGCCGAGUGGCUCCGCCGAGCCGCGCCCGCAGCUUUGUCAACUUCCUUGGAUAUUGGGCUGAGUAACUGGAGCUUCCUGUAUGUCACCGUCUCCCUCUACACGAUGACCAAAUCCUCUGCCAUCCUCUUCAUCCUGCUGUUUUCACUGCUCUUCAAGCUGGAGGAAAUGAGGGUGGCAUUGGUGCUGGUGGUUGUGCUCAUCGCUGGGGGGCUCUUCAUGUUCACCUACAAGUCCACGCAGUUCAACACACAGGGGUUCAUGCUGGUGCUCUGUGCCUCUUUCCUUGGGGGUGUUCGCUGGACUCUCACACAGAUCCUUAUGCAGAAGGCUGAACUGGGGCUCCAGAACCCCAUUGAUAUCAUGUUUCACCUGCAGCCACUCAUGUUCCUGGUGCUCUUCCCUCUGUUUGCAGUGUUUGAGGGCCUGCCUUUGUCCAUAUCAGAGAGGCUUUUCCAUUUCCAUGAAGCAGGAGUGACGUUCUGUAUGGUAGGAAAGCUGUUGUUGGGUGGAAUUCUUGCCUUUGGUCUAGGCUUUUCUGAGUUCCUCCUGGUUUCCAGAACAUCUAGCCUCACCCUUUCUAUUGCUGGCAUUUUUAAGGAAAUCUGUGUUUUAUUCCUUGCCACACACUUGCUGGGAGACCGCCUCAGUCUCUUGAACUGGCUUGGCUUUGCUGUCUGUCUGUCAGGAAUCUCCCUUCAUGUCAUUCUCAAAGCCGUAAAUUCCAGAGGUGAGAAAACACUGAAUCUACACAAGGAGAGGCACUCUGAGCCUGACCUGGAGCUGCUGCUGCACCACGCUGAACAUGGGGAGGAGGAAGAAGAUGUUGGAACCCUACAACAACACUGAAUGAACGUGAAGCAGAGUCCCCUGCUCUGUGCUUACCAGGUCUGUCUGACAACUGCCUAGGAAGGAGGUCCAAGAUUCUCUGUCUUUGACUUUCCAAAGGGGAAUGAGGGUCCAGUGGGAGUCGUGCUGUUGUACUGCGGUGCGAAUGCUGCACAGAAAACAAGGAAUACGCUUUGCUGGAGAGCAGACUUGGAAGAUGAAUCCCAGUUCAGCAGAAGUGAAUGGUGAGACUGGGAAAUGCUAUAGAAAACUUUCUAGGGAAUCCUGAAGGCUUUAUAUUGACAUUGUAGACCAUGAACUGCGGAUCAAGUAUGGACAUAUCUGGACUGCAGGCUGAGUGGUUCCAGGAUGGUUUUAGUGGUGUUUAGGCUUUAGCUCCAAAGAGGAAGGUAGGUGCAUCUUCCUGUGCUUGUUUUGUGGUUCUGGCAAAUGGGAGCUCCUGUCUUUGUGGGAGCAGAUAAUUGCAUGUAAUUCCCAAGACUUGUCCCAGUGAGAAAGCGCCUUUGUGCUUGGUGACCUUCGUGUAUGUAUGAAAGAGGGAUGCUUACCUAUCUGCUGGUAUUUGGGACCAAUUAAAUUCAGCCAAAUUAUGUUGGGCAGAGAAAGAACGAGGGUGCAGGGAGUCCUGCUGGCCCUACAGCCAAGGUGGCAGAGGGUGCAUUUAGCUUGAGCAGUGAGCUUUUCAGAAAGUAUGUGAGUAUUUUUUAUGUCUGGUUGGUUGGUUUUGGUGGUUUGGUUUUUAUUUUCAAUAAACUAGUUUUCUGAUUCCCUAC